AUUACUUUUCAUUUAUUUAACAACAAUUCGAUUAAAAACGUAUUUUUUAAGAGUGGAGUUUUGGCUGUACAGAGAAGGGUUGGAUGACAUCUAAAAGCUUUUAUGAAUAUAUUGCGAAUGUGUUUUAUCCAUGGUUAUUAAGUCAUAAAAUAAAAUUACCGGUUAUUCUAUAUGUGGAUGGGCAUAGCUCGCAUCUUACCAUGCCACUCUCAGAAUUUUGUCGCGAUAAGGGCAUAGAAGUGAUCGCAUUACCCCCGAAUGCAACUCAUAUUCUUCAGCCAUUAGACGUCGGAUUCUUUGGUCCUUUAAAGAAGAAUUGGUUACAAGCUGUAAAUGAGUGAAAAUACCAACAUCCCAAUGAUAAAUUUAGAAAAUCCAACUUUGCUCCUUUACUUAAAAAAACAACUGAUUCUAUGGAUUUUCAAUCUAUUGCAAAGAACGCUUUCUGUGUGUGUGGUCUAUUUCCUUUAGAUCC